GCCCUCAUAUGAAUGAGUUAUUUAAUUUGACAGAGUAAAAAAAAACAGAAGGGAGAGAGAGAGAGAGAAAGAAAAACUAUUCAGUUUCUGAACUGAUUCAUUCGGUCAACACAUCAACAUCUCCAUAUAUAGAUCUAUGAAGAUCAGUCUUUACAUGUCAAUGCCUGGCAAUAAGUAUGGCAAGUCAAGAGGAUCCUACUGGUCCCUGCCAGUUGUCAGUCAGAAAACGGCCCUUGACGUCAGCAGAGAAGCAGAAGAAGUAUCGGGAGAGGUUGAAACAGUCUCCAGAGAGGUAUGAGCUUUUCAAGCAGUGUGAAGCUAUGAGACGGAGAGACAGGUCAAGAACACACCAACCAACAGAGGAAGAAUUGGCCCUCAAGAGAAUGAAGUCAAGGGAAAGGGUUCGAAAACACAGAUUAAAGAAAAAGCUAGAAGCUUUGACAAAGGAGGAAAUAUUUGAGGAGCAGGUGUGUAUGUCUAUGGAUAGCCUCAGAGGAUUGAUCCCGCCUGAAGCAUUUGAUGUUGAUGAAGAAGUCGCAACAGCAACAAACUUGAACCACAGCAAUUCAAGUAUCCCUGAUUACUUGCCAAGCAAUAUGGAACCUUUCCCAGAAAUGAAUGUACCAGAGUUGAACAUAGGGGAAUACAUCGUGCAUGCACGUGGUGAAAGCAAUAUGGAGGAAUCUGCCCCGAGUACAGUAAAACUUGAGUACGAUAUGAAUCUUGAAGAUUCUUUGGAUGAUUCUGCUCUGGUUACCUGUGAAGAUGCUGUUGUUAAAAGUGAAAUGCAAGAUAAUGGAAAUGUAGAUUAUAUUGAGGAAUCCCCAUCUCAAAUGCUUGCUGGUCGUACAGUCUUAUCUGUUGUAGAAGCGGCUCAAGUAGUGGCUUGUGAAAAGAUUUCAAAGCAAAGGAAAAGGAACAAAAAACCUUUGACCGCUGCUGAGAGGCAGCGGAAUUACAUCGCAAGACUCAAAGCACAUCCAGAAAAGUGGGAAGAGCACAAAAAAAAGUGUAAUCUAAGGCGUAAGAUAAUCCAACAACAGAAAACAAGGAAAGAAUUUGAGUCACAAAGAAAAACAAAGAAGAACCAAAGGAAGAGAACACAGAAGAGUAAAGAGUACCAAACAAAGGGCACUGAUGAUGCUUGUGAAGUUUCAGCUGCUACGGAGGAUAUCCAAAGCAAAGUUCACUCACAUCUCAACAUGAACUUGUCAGAAUUGAAAGUUGAACAGAGUGACCGAGAUGCAUGUCCAACAAGCAGUCAAAGUAAUCAUGUAAAUGGACUUAGAGUUGGCCACAGUUCAGCACCUGUUAAGGGUAUGCAAAAUCAUCCGUCAAUUACAUUCCCCAUGGCGGAGCUUGCCGCAGGCUCGCAUGAACAAACGCCAAAGAGAAGGCCUCUAACGCCUGCAGAGAGGCAGCAGAACUACAGGGCAAGAAAAAAAGCAAAGGCAAGAGAGAGUGAGGAGCUCAAGGCUAAAGAAAGAGAAAAACGUAAAAUGAUGCUGAUAGAGGCAGAAAAGAAGAGACGGAGGGCAGCAGAAAGGCAGAGGGAAUAUCGACGCAGAAAAAAGGCCUUGUCCUUAGCGAAAAACAUCGAAGCAAUUACCACAAAUACAAACUUUAAUCAAGUUGAGAUCAGUACUCAGAAUGUUGAUAUUAGUGGUACAAAUACAGAGAUUCAUGAUGAGUGGACCAGGGAAGUUGAAAGUGAAGUUGGUCAAAGUUCUUUUUAUGGAGACGGAAGUCCAACCAUUGUUGAGAAAAUGCAGAAUCAGUGGCUCGCAUGGCCCCUGGUGUCGUCAUCAUUUGCACGUAGGGAUUUAAUUGGACAAGUAGGACAACCAGCACGGAAGAAACCCAUGACUGCUGCUGAGAGGCAGCGGCAGUAUAGGCAACGACUUAAAGCUAAACCAGAGAGGUGGAAGCAGUACAAAGCAAGAGAAUCAGAAAGAAGGAAAAGGACUCAAGAAGCAGCUGGCCUAGAGCAAAGAAAGAAAACAGUGGAUGAGCAGAGGGAUGAUCCAGACCCAAGCGAAGAGAUGAGAAGUAGAUUGAAUGAAUUGGGAGACCCAAUGGGAGGAUACCUGCUAAGCACUGACCCUCAUCAUGAAUUAAGAUUAGGUCAUAUGGGCGAUUGCCUUGUUCAUGUGAAGGAAGAAGGAGAUUGCUCCCAAGCUAAACAUGACAUAAAUCCAGCCUAUGAAAAUGGACGUGAAUGUUUACAGCCUCCACCACUUCUCGAUAGGUGUCAGAAUGAAUUGCCAGUGAGUCCGUCUGAUCCAUCAUCCAUCAAAGGCAGACCUAGGAGACGGAGGAGAAAGAAGGCUAUGACUCCUGCAGAGAGGCAACGGCAAUAUAGGGCAAGACUCAAAGCAAAUAAAGACAAAGAAUUUGAGGGAAAGAAAGGGAUGGAGGAAAUUCAAAUACCCUCUGGUGAGGCUGCCCAGGAGCAGAGAAGGGAAGCCGAAACAGGGCAGAUGGGUGAUCUAUGUCUUAAAGGUGAUGAGAGUAAUAGAAUGGAUAAACUUGGAGAAACAAGAGAAAAACACUUGAUAAAGACAGAACCCCAUUUUGAUGUGAAAUGUGAAUUUAAUUCAGAUCAGUAUCCAAUGAAUAAACUUGAAGCCAGCAACAAUUUGGGGAAUCUAGAAUGCAGCGUACCUGAUGGGGUUGACCAAGUUACCUCUCACGUGAAGCAUGAAGAACAAUAUUGCUCUCCGGCAAAGCCUGAUGUUGAUCCAGCAAAUGAAGAAGGGAUUGUACAGAGUGCAUCAAGUGACAGUAAAAAUCAGAGUGAACCACUACAAAAUCCUUCUCUUCCUUUAAUUAUUAAAGGCUAUUCCAGGAGACGAUCAAAGAGGAGGAAAGCUAUGACGGGUGCAGAGAGGCAACGGCAAUACAGGGAAAGGAAAAGAGCAAAGCUUGGAAAGGAGGACCAAGAGAAGCUUAAAGUUACAGAGACACCCAAAAGUAUUCAAGACUUCAAAGUGGUGUCUGAAAAUUCUGCUUCCGCAGUGCAUCAACAAGUAACAAAAAGAAUGCAACAAUUGUCAUCCAAAAGAGAAGAAGUAGAAUUAGAUCAAAGUGACAAAAAAGUAGACACUAUUCAGCCCUUAGUUGCAAGACAACAACUGAAUCGCAGAGUUAAAGGUAAACCAAAACCUGAAAUUGCCAUGGAGUCGGUGAAGAGGGUAAAUAGGACAAGAUCUACUGUGGGAAGGCGUAAACAACAGGCAGAGGCCCAGCUUGCCUUUAAAAGAAUGAAAGGAAGGGAAAGAAUGAGGAAAUAUCGCCUCAAGCAGAAGCAAAAACUUCAGAGAGUGGUUGGUGAGCCUGGAGAGUGCUCCAUGCCAAAGAUAGUAGCUGUUUGGAGCAUGAAUCAAGGAACUGAUCAAGGUGUGCAAGAAAACAUCAACCAGAGUUUUAAUGUGCCAGAAACAGGCUCCAGGAUUGUAGAUGAUUUUGCCAAACUAAUCCCAGAAGAUUAUAUAAUGCCAGUAAACCGAAUAGACUCGAGCCAUUUUGAUGGGUACCCAUCUGGUAGUUCAACAUCAUGUAAAGACAUUUUCCCCAAAUUGCCUAUUCCAAAGCUUAAUCCAAAUCGACGUUGCGAAGAGGCCUUUGAAAGGAGGUCCCGUAGGCUGACAAGUGCAGAGAGACAGAGGAGGUAUCGCAAAAGACUUCAACAAGAUCCAGAAAAGUGGGCAGCUUAUAAACGGAAGGAGUAUGAAAGGUAUGUGGCAAAAAAGGCAAUGGCAGUGAAUGAAAUGAACGAGACCACGAAACAGAAUCACCUGAACAUGAGGAAAUGUACGUCAAACUUCAAACAGAGAAAAAGCCUUCAAGAUAAUGCUUCAGACAAUGCUUUGGGGAAGGUAGGAAGUGGUUAUUGUAGGGGAAAACGCCAAGCAUCCCUCAUACCUGGAAAAAGUGCUGUGUUGACGGAAGGAAGGUCAGUGGGGCGAUGUGCGAAAAGUAGACAUACUAAGAGUCCUGAAGAAAUUGAAAGAAUUAGAAAAGCCAACAGGGAACGUCAGAGGCUUUACAGAGCAAGGAAAACGAUGAGACAAAGUAUGCAAAGGACAAGUAUCUUUGCAGACAGGACUGGUCUCCCAGUGCCAGCCGACUUAAUUGCAACAGAUGAAAUGGAGAAGUCUCAAAUCCUGAGAAAAGCAGAACAAUGCAGCGGACAUGGAAUGUCACAGGACAUCGCUGGAAGUGAGUCAUACCGUUCAGCUCAAUACUCAAUGUGUAAUAAUCUCUCCUCUUUAUCGCGCAUUGGUCCUAGGAACUGUGGAAGGCCCAGAUUACCCAGACAAAUAAUGAAUCAACCUCCUGGGAGACCCAACAGAGGAAGACCACAAAGGCAAGUAAGUCUUGAGACAGAUUACGGUCCUGAUGUUGCUCUCGAUAACCGACUAGCGUCUUCUCUAGAAAGUGAGGGAGAUGGAGAAGUGCUUGUAUCAAGUGCAGGAAACCUUCCAAUGGUCAUCAAGAUGCCAUCAGUGAAUGGUCAAAGAUACCCUGGUUUGGAAGAGAUACCAGAGGUGAUUCCUUGUGAUCCCCCAGAAGCUGUCUUUGACUGGGGGAACAUAGACCUUGACCACUUUCAUACAACCCCUGAAGAAGAGGUACCUCUAGACAACAUAGAGGUGAGAGAACCUGCUGCAGGUGAGGGAGAGUGUGUUUAUGGUUCUGCCCGCAGGAAAGCUUUCUUUCCUACAAAGCAUGACUCUGCGGACCUCACGCCUAAUGCUGCAUUGGUUUCUGAGACACUGAUUGAGGAUCCAUAAAUGACACACUAAUUCUGUUUGACCAUUUUCUUGAUUUGCACUCCUUGUUGAUUUUCACCUCAUAGCUGUGGCACAAGAUCUUCUUAUUCUUACAUUUUUUAUCAUUUUUCACAUGAAUAAUUUGGAAAUUUGAAAGAGCACAGGAAUUCAAAUAAUUAUAUACAAGAAUUUUUCACUUUUGCAAUAUUAAUUUUCAACGUAGUGUAACUCCAGGCGAUGGGCUGCUUCCCCGGACUUUGCAAAAUUGCCAAUUUUUCUUUCAUAUGAAAUGAAUGAAUGCGUGAUUUGAUAUUCUAUAUUCUUGCACGACUUUGCAAAGACUUGCCUAGAACAGCCUUUGUACAAUUUUGCGUCAAAUUUUCAUGUUAGUAAUAUUGGGAUGAAAUGAACAGUCCAUAUUGAUAUACAUCCUCUGCAACUCAUUACAGUACUUAACACAGUACGUAGAUACAUGUACAGACAUCACUGCAUUUUAAAAAAUAUUUUGGGGCCUAGGAAAUGAAACUCACAGUAAAAACUUAGUGUUAUGAUUUCCUUUUAAACAUUGAAAUUGCUUUGUUAGAUACGACUAGAAUCUUGUAGAAAAAAAAACAAUGCCAUGAAAAUAGUUUGGACUAGGGAGUUUAUCCUAGUUGUAGCAAAUUUGUUUCUUUGUUUUGUUUUGGGUUUUUUGCAUCAGAGGCAUGUUCAUAAAAACAUACAAUCAUGGUAACGUUAUAACCCUGGCAAUACUUGACAUCGAUAUCAGAUAAGUUUAAUUUGCAUCAAUAUCAAUUUGCAACUCUUUGCAAGAUCUUUUUUAUUCUGAGUUCACUCUGUUUUUGCGCAUGAAAUAUGUAAUUAAUGUAUUUUCAUUGGCAAUGAUAAUCUCUUUUGUGCCAGGGGGCCGUUUCAUAAAGCUGUUCGUAAGUUAAGAGCGACUGGUGAACCUUUCUGAUGAGCUAAGUAAUCCCCAAUGAACAUUUGAUGGUGAAUAUCAUUUACCACAAGGAAGGAUCACCAGUCGUUCUUAACGUACUAACAGCUGUAUGAAAUGGCCCCCUGAGCUUGUAUUGGAAGUUCAAUAUUUUGAACUACACAGUAUAAGAUACAUCAAAGAUGUAGAGUGUUCAACUUAUUGAGUAUCCAAUUUCUUAUUAUUGUGUUUUCACUCCAUGAUACUUGACAGAUUCAAAAACAUAGAAAAUGUAUCGUCAAAUGCCCUUCAUGACAAGGAACAACUGAAUUCUUAGUCUAUCACUGGUGAAUCAAAACAGCAAUUUCAUCUUGGACUCUGGACAAAUGAUGUAUUUGCAUAUUUUAGUCAGCUCCAAAAAUACAAAACUGCUCUUCCUUUUCACCAACUUUCGAUAGUCAUAGAGACCUCCUAGGUGUUCAUUGUCAUUUGACUGGCAUUUGCAAUACAUUUGCACUGUGUUCUUGAAUCUGACGUGCGUCGCGGAGCAAAUACUCCCUAUUGCCAUGGCAAGUAAAAUCGGACAAGAAUAAGUAUUCAUAAUGCUGGUUGGUGGAAUAGAUCAUAGAUCUCAUUCCACUAUUUUCAUUUUUUUUUUGUUCAGAUUUUAUACAGAUGUCGUUACGGUUAGUGUUAAAAAAAGAAAAAGGUCGUUUUUUUCCAUCAUUGCUUAUUGCUCUUAAAAUUCAUAUUCAUUUUUUUAACAGGGCAGAUAAACUAUAAAUCUGGGGAGCAUUUUAUGGAAGGACUUGCCAGAUAUUUCAUUUAAAAGUCACAGUAGUAACAGUGCCUCUCUGCCAAUGAGAAUCAAGGAAAGUUGUUAGAUCUGACAAAAUGUCGGGACGAAAAAUGUUGAGUGACUUUGGAUGGAUAAUGACAUUGUCAGAGAAUCGAAAUGUCUGUCAGAUUAGGACAAUGUCUGUGUGAUAAUG